UAUUAUUGCGAACACGCACUUUCCUUAUCAUUAUCAACACCAGUUGAGCUGAACAUAAACAUUAGACUUCUGGUUAAAUGAACAAUUAUGGUGUCCCCGAUGAUACAGACCUUUGUUGUGGUGACAGUUUUUACAGUAAUCAUGAUAUAUCUAGUGUACUUGGGAUACUUCGACACUGUGCACACUGAGAUUGGAAGAAAGUUCUAUGCAGAGCGCUACUCGGCUAAAUGGAUUACGGUGCUCCCACCAUGGCUUAACAUGCCUUACAAUACAUUUGUCAAUCUAGGCUACAUUGUUGUUGGAGCAUUGUACUGUGCCAAGACAUCUGUGUGGCUCCAUGUCAAACAGAUCACACUAUCUGACAGUGUUUUAUUCUACACCUUUAACAUAAUGGCCACUUUUUAUGGUGCUAUUCAAGCAGUGCGUAUCUUGACUCAGUUUCAUCGCGCAGCUGUUCUGGACCAGUGGUAUACCCUGCCAUUCUUUAUGUGGGUGUUUGUAUGGGCCUGUCACUUAGACUCGGGGAUUGGAAUAAAGGGCAUGGGCCUGUGGAUGACCGUUUCCUUAUUGUCAUAUUGUCUGACUCUUGUGCACAAGCAUGGAUUUGAAAUUGCCUUAGCUCUUCACAUUUUGUUUGCAGUAUAUGGUGCCAUUUCUAUUUAUAGAAAAUUUCCCAUUAAGAAGGCCCAGCAACCCUUUGUUUGGGCCCUGAUUUUUUGUGCAGGGUUUGUUUUUCUUAAAUUAGCUGAUCUGGAAUUACCUAAAUUAAAUCCAAUGUUUGAGAAAAUAUCUGGACAUUUUUUAUCUAAAAUUGCAGAUAUUUUACAAAUAUACUGUGUCAAUCAAUAUUUUGAAAUAUUAACACUUCACAAAAAUAAUGUACAAAUUAAAAAAUCUAAAUAGCUAAGGUUUGACAUAUUAAUUUUACUUUAUAUUUUAAAUCAUAUGAAUCAUCAUGUUAGUUGCAGAUCAGCUAUAUACACUGAUAUACAGAUUAAGUGUUCUCUUUGAGAAUGUCAAGGCAUUUACUAAAGCAUGUACUUCAAUAUGUUCAAUAUCAUGUAAUAUUGUAAAUCAGAUUGAUUACAUAUCAAUUCAUAUGAAAUAAAAUACAUGUAUGUACAUGUAUAUCACUUUAUCA